UCACCCCAGUGUCUGCUAGGCACAACAACAUUGCCUCUGCUGUUCGCUUCUUUCUAGGAAAGAAGUUGUAUCAUUAAAAAAAAGUGUCCUUCUCUACCUCAACAGCUACGACAUGGCGGGAAACUUCUGGCAAAGUUCUCAUUAUCUGCAGUGGGUUCUGGACAAGCAGGACCUGAUGAAGGAGCGCCAGAAGGAUCUGAAGUUCCUCUCAGAAGAGGAGUACUGGAAGCUGCAGAUAUUCUUUGCUAAUGUGAUCCAGGCUUUGGGGGAACACCUGAAGCUGCGGCAGCAGGUUAUUGCCACUGCAACCGUUUACUUCAAACGCUUCUACGCCAGGUAUUCCCUGAAAAGUAUAGAUCCAGUGCUCAUGGCGCCUACCUGUGUUUUCUUGGCUUCUAAAGUUGAGGAAUUUGGAGUUGUGUCCAAUACCCGGCUAAUCUCUGCAGCAACGUCUGUGUUGAAAACCAGGUUUUCCUAUGCCUUUCCAAAGGAGUUCCCUUACAGAAUGAAUCAUAUAUUAGAAUGUGAGUUCUACCUUCUGGAGUUGAUGGACUGCUGCCUGAUAGUGUACCACCCCUACAGACCACUGCUUCAGUAUGUGCAGGAUAUGGGACAGGAAGACAUGCUGCUGCCCCUGGCCUGGCGAAUAGUGAACGACACAUACAGGACGGAUCUGUGUCUGCUCUACCCUCCCUUCAUGAUUGCCUUGGCCUGUCUGCACGUUGCCUGUGUGGUACAGCAGAAGGAUGCCAGGCAGUGGUUUGCAGAGCUCUCUGUUGACAUGGACAAAAUCCUGGAGAUCAUCCGUGUCAUUCUGAAGCUCUAUGACCAGUGGAAGAAUUUUGAUGACAGAAAGGAGAUCGCUGCCGUGCUAAACAAGAUGCCGAAGCCCAAACCUCCUCCAAACAGUGAGAGUGACCAAAGCUCCAAUGGGAACCAAAGCAACUCCUACAGCCAGUCCUAGCGUCUCUUUCUGUGGGAAUCCAUAAUGCUGAUGUAGAGAAGGGGGAAACUUUUAAAUGUCACACAGCACGACCGCUGUGACAAAAAAUUAAAAAAACACGUUUCAGCCAACCCGAGAUGCCCCUUCUUCAUCUUUGACCAACAAACUGAGAGCCACGUCUUCACUCUUCCCUUCCAUGAAAAUAUUGGAUUGAGCGAGUAGCCACUGAAAUAUCUCGAGGAGGCUCUGAGCUCUGCUCCGGACUUGAAAACUUAAAACUGAGGAACAUUUAAAGGUAAAAGGGGGGGGGGGGGGCUGUGAAUGUGGCAAAAACAUGAUAGACCAGAUGUGAUGGUUCAGAAGAAACCUGCUUUAAUAUCAUUGUGAUGAUCCUGACAAUCUUGAACAUCCCCGAGGAGCGACUCCUUUCACGUGGCGCUCCGUGGGAUUCGAGAAAACUUGAUCACAAGUACUGUGUGUGUGUGUGUGUGUGUGUGUGUGUGUGUGUGUGUGUGUGCGUGUGCGUGUGUGUGUGUGUGUGCGCGUGCGUGUACACGAUGUGAGUGGCCAGUCUGGGUGGGUUUUCAUUCCUCAGGGAUUUUAGUAGUCUUCUCUGUAAAAUGAUUGGAUCCUGUGCAGAUCUGAUUGGAUACCACCCUGUUGCAGCUGUGAUGUGAUUGGACACCCUGCCCUGUCAGGUGUCUGCUGGUUGAUCUUGAACCAUGGCAGGAAGAAUCCCACGUGAGGCACCUCGUUAUUGUAGAAAUGAAUUCUUUGAAUACAAUGAUUUACUGUUUUGAAUCAUAACAACUGCGCCUCGUCCAUCCCCUCCCUCCCUUCCUCCCUUUUGUAAAUAGCCUUAUAACUCUUAUUCCUUUCAUCUUUUCCUUUUUCAUCUUUUGGAAACGUAAAUGGAAAUCAUGAGCCGGUUUAGCUUUGUGCUAGUGCGUCAAAUAUAAGGGCCCUUUGUUUCCUUCACCAUCAUGAUUCUGUUGCAAAGCUUAUUCUUAAUUUUCAUCUAUUAUGCUUUAGUUGUAGAAUGAGUUGCCUAAAGCUAUGUUUAGUACAUUUUUUCUGUUUUUAAUUUGUCAAGAAAUGAUUUUUUUUUGUUUUUGGGCCAAAACGCAAAUUACAAUCGUUCUAGAUUUGUUGCAAACUUUUGGUUGUACAUUCUUAUUUUAAAUCUACCAUCUUCCAUCUAUUCAAUUGCUUUCUUGUGGCAAUAUAUUUGUGCAUAUACCUGUAUGUGUCUCUAUAUCGUUGUGACGUAAUGCAGUGGGAGCUGUGUGUGGCUGUACUCAAAACAAGGUGCUUGAAAAGCCGCACAGAAUGAGAGCUGCUGGUUACAGAGAACAUCGUGAAAGCACAUUGUCCCCGUUCAGGCCAGCUGGAAAAUGCAUUUUUUGGGUUGAAUGUUGUUGCAUUGCUCGGAUGCAUCUUCAAUUGUUUUUCCCCUUGAUGGUUUCCUGAAUGUCUUAUUGUCACUGUUGGAAAAACAACUGAAACGGUACAGAAACAUGGUGUUAAAUGCCACUAGCCCUUCACUUUCACACACUGAGACAAGGAGACAAGACAGAGAAGCCACUGAGGCCACUAUGAUGCAGCUUUGUUCUGCUUUGCCGUCUGACAUUUUCCUUCAGCGGCCUCCAUCUGUUACACGACAUUACUGGGGUUGAAAAUGUAAAGGGCUUCACCACGCCUAAAUAAUCCUACUAGUUCUGGUAAAAACACAUUUUCCCCAAAUUGUUUUAUUACUUGAAAGUCUGUUUAUUCAUUUUGGAGGAUCAUUUAUGGUAAUAAAAAUGUAUGAUGUGUAUAACAAAGAGGUUCACUGCUGUUAUUCAAGCUGGUCUUUGGGGGAAUCUUCCUGCAUGUUAUGAAAGUCUCAUUCAGCCCCAUUACCUAACCUCAAUGUCACUUCAACAUAAUGGCUGUGGUAGGACCCCUAGUGGCAACAACAAAGAAUACCUAACAUAUUCAAUAUCAGUUAUGACAUUUCAGAAAAGUAUAUGUUUAAUAACAGAGAGGUUGGAGUUGAAGUAUAGGCAAAGUCCACACAAUACAUUAUCCAGUUUCCCCUGUUUGUGGUUAAGAAGAUGUGAGUUAAUUGACUUCAUGGCAUCAGAGGAUGUAUUUACCUGUAGUUGCCUCCAGGAGAUGAUGGUACCAUGGGGUACAUUCAGUACCCGUGACGUCACACUAGGUGCGUGAAGUCAGCAGAGAGAAACAUUACGGAAAGCUGCAGCAUUUCAAAAUAAAAUCAUAGGAUUUCA